AUGAGCGUGACGACCGUCCAUGAGUCUCAGAUGAUGCCCCUGUACGCGGCCGAGCCCACCAGCGACGCCCCCAACUUCUCCCACCCGCACCCACACACACCCAAGGGCCUGCCGCACCGCUCCCCGUCCGACAAGUCGCUCCCCCUGCGUGAGCGCGCCCCCAAUGGCACCGCGACCCAGUCCGGCAAGACGAGCGCCAGCACACCCAAGCUGCCUGCAAAUAUGCAUUCUCCCGCACCCGCCCUGCCCAACGGCCGCCCCGCCAAGCCCGCGAGCAUCGGCCGCCGCACAUCGCACGACGACGCCCGCCGGAGCAGGACGGAGACGGACCGCGACAGCCUGCGCCCGUCCAUGGACAGCCGCGCCAACUCGGGCGAGCUGCUGGCCCGCGACGACGGCUACUUUGCCUCGGUCCACGGCAGCGAGUCCAAGGACCUGCUGGGCACCACCCACGUCAAGCUGGGCCAGCUGAGCCCUCUCGACGCCACACGCGAGGCCCAGCGCGACCCGCCCCCCCACGUCUCCUCGCCGCUCGCCGACCCCAACCCCAGCGCCAGCCUGCGCGUCCCCGCCUCGACACACCGCGUCUCUGCCCCGCCGGCCUUCAACAACGACGGCGGCUCCACCACCGCCACGCCCUCGCCGUCACAGCACCCCUACCGCCUGCAGCAGCGCCACACCCUCGAGGUCCCCAAGCCGUCCACCUCGCGCCCCCGCGACUCACAGAACAGCACCGAUGACGUAGUCACGGCGAGCGGGAGGUUCUCCCCAACCUCUGCUUCUCGCCGCAGAGGUUCCAUGUCCCUUGUCCGCCGCACCACACGCUCCAUCAACUCAGACGUGCACCUCGACGAGCUGCCUCAAGACGAAGAAGCCGCGCGCUGGGCCGAGCACAUACGCCAGAAGCGAGCGAGCAAGCGCAAGCGGAGAGAAGACGAGGACGAGGACCGCGUCGUGGUCGGCACAAAGGUCGACCAGAACCACGUCAACUGGGUCACCGCCUACAACAUGCUCACUGGAAUCCGAUUUACCGUGUCGAGAACCAAUGCCAAGGUGGACCGCGAACUCACAGACGCCGACUUCGAUGCCAAGCACAAGUUCUCGUUCGACAUCACCGGCAACGAGCUCACUCCCUCGGCAAAAUACGACUUCAAGUUCAAGGACUACGCGCCCUGGGUCUUCCGCCACCUCCGCACCACCUUCAAGCUCGACCCCGCCGACUACCUUGUAUCGCUAACGAGCAAGUACAUACUGUCUGAGCUGGGCUCGCCCGGCAAGAGCGGCAGCUUCUUUUAUUUCUCCCGCGACUACAAAUACAUCAUCAAGACCAUCCACCACGCCGAACACAAGUUCCUCAGGAAGAUUCUGAAGGACUACUACAACCACGUACAAGAAAACCCAAACACGCUUCUUUCCCAGUUUUACGGCCUUCACCGCGUUAAGAUACCCUACGGACGCAAGAUCCACUUCGUUGUCAUGAACAACCUGUUUCCGCCGCAUCGAGACAUUCACCGCACUUUUGAUCUGAAGGGGUCCACCAUUGGACGCGAUUUCCGAGAAGAGGAUUUGGAAAAGAACCCCCGCGCAACACUAAAGGACCUCAACUGGCUACGAAGGGAUUUGCAUUUGGAGCUGGGGCCGACGAAAAAGGACGCAUUCAUUGAGCAGAUGCGAAAGGACGUCAAGCUGAUGCAGAGGUUACACAUCAUGGACUACUCCAUGCUUGUCGGUAUCCACGACCUCGAGAAGGGCAACGAAGAAAACCUCCGCGAAAAGACCUUGAAAGUCUUCCAGCCAGGCGGUGAGGCCGCCGAAGAACCCCAACCCAACCAACUGAUGCGGACACCCUCCAAGUUGGAGACUGCACGUAAAGCGAGGGAGCUUCGACAGUCAGUCAAGACACAAAGGCCAGUGCCCAUGGAACAAACCUCUGCCAGGAUGCCGGAUGAAUUAGAGGAUUCUAAGAAGCACUUCUUCUUCUACUCGGAUGACGGCGGCUUCCAAGCUACACAUGAGGACGACCGUCCUGGGGAAGAGAUCUACUACCUUGGUAUCAUCGACUGCUUGACACACUACUCUCUGAUCAAACGAAUGGAACACUUCAUCAAGGGUCUUGCCAACACGGAAUCUCAAAUCUCCGCCAUUCCGCCCGAACGAUACGGAGACCGGUUCGUCAAGUUCAUCACCGGCGUAACCAAGACCAAAGAAGCAGCAGAUCGAGAAAAGGCGGAAGCAGCCCUAAACCCCACAAGCGAAGCUGUCGCCGGCAUCUCACGUAGCUCCACAGACCGUGUUAUGGAAAAAGCCGAACACCAGGCCGAAAAGACACAGCGCCACGGCGCCCCAGAACGUGACGUCCCCAAUCUCCAAAUGCGCGCGGUUCGUAGCCCAUCAGCGGAGCGAGGCGAAAUCGGCACCACACUACCCGUCGUUGAGGAAGCAGGCGAGGCCUCCAGUCUCGGCGGCCGUAGCAACAGGAGUCACGACGCUCCGCUCCGCUCCCCACCCCCACCGCCAACGCAAGAAGCACAUGCCACGCCCCUCCAAAGACCUUUGGCGCGAGACGUAGAACACGGCAGGCCACCGCCCACACCACCAAAAGACUCUGGCACCGCGAGCGAGGAGCGGCCGCCCACACCGCCCAAGGACGAUCAUUAUGCGCACAACAGGCACUCUGGGCCGCCGACGCCGCCGAAGGAGAUGAAGGGCAGGAGCUCGGUGGACAAGGAGUUGCCACGGACGCCGUUGGAGACAACCAUCCGGGUCAACUAA